CGCAGGAGAAAGAGAGAGAGAGAUAGAGAGAGGGGGAGGAGAGGUGCACUACCACUACUACAGUGCCAUGCUGAGGACAAGAAUUUUUCACAGAUCAAAAGCCUUUUCGCUUCAUAAAGGAAAAAUAUUACUUUUGUGAUUGAGAAAAGGCUGCGUCAACGCGCCUUGUGGAGGAGACGGACGAUGGAUGACCAAAGCAUCAACAACACCAAUGACACCUGCAACAACCUAUAUGACCACCGGCCAGUGGCCCGGAUCCUCAUGCCUCUGCAUUACUCCAUUGUGUGUGUGGUAGGCCUCUUUGGCAACUGCCUAGCGCUGCACGUCAUCAGACCAAACCUGCGCAAGAUGAACUCCACGACGCUUUACUCGGCCAACCUGGUGGUGUCCGAUAUCCUGUUUGCGCUGUCGCUUCCGCUGCGCGUGGCGUACUACGCAAUGGGCUUCGACUGGCCGAUGGGUGAGUUCAUGUGCAAGGCCACCGCGCUGGUGUUUUACAUCAACACGUACGCCGGCGUCAACUUCAUGACGUGCCUCAGCGUGGACCGCUUCAUCGCCGUGGUGCUGCCCCUGCGCCUGUCCAAGUACCGCAAGGUGCAGCGGGUGAAGUGGGUGUGCGUGGCCGUGUGGCUGCUGGUGCUCGGCCAGACCCUGCCACUGCUCUCCAUGCCCAUGACCAACGUUGAGCCGGACGGGCACGUCACCUGCAUGGAGUACCCCAACUUUGACCGUGUGCCCAACAUCUCGUUCAUCCUGAUCGGGGCCGUGUUCAUUGGUUAUGGCUUCCCCGUGAUCAUCAUCCUCGUCUGCUACUCCUGCCUCUGCUCACAGCUGCGGCUGGCAGCCAAGACCAACCACCUGACGGAGAAAUCGGGGCGAAACAAGAAGGCCUUCGGUGUCAUCCUCUGCGUCAUCCUGGUGUUCGUGGUAUGCUACACGCCCUACCACGUGGACCUGCUGCAGUACAUGGUGCGAAAGCUGAGCUACGUGCCCAACUGUACGGAGCAGCACAACUUCCAGAUCUCCCUGCACGCCACGGUGUGCCUGAUGAACCUCAACUCCUGCCUGGACCCCUUCGUCUACUUCUUUGCCUGCAAGGGCUACAAGAAGAAGGUGAUGAAGCUGCUGGGCAGGCAGGUCAGCAAGUCCUUCUCCAGCGCCGUGCGCACCUCGCCCGACGAGUCCUCGCGAGACCUGGACCACAACAAGAUCCAGCUCAACAGCAGGAGCGAGCAGCGCUGAUUUGGACUUGGUUGCCGUGGCGCCCGUUGCCUUGCAGCCUGUUGCCUUGCAGCCCGUUGCCUUGGUGCCCUAUUACAACUUUAGAAUCAUUCCAGAGGAGGAUAUGGAAUGGUCAUUAGUCAUGUUUUGCUGCAGAGACGAAAACAGAGACACCUUAUUUUGCCUGGAAUAUAUAUUUUUAUGUUUUUUAAUCAAUUUGGGGAAACUAAAUGCCAGGAGGACACUUUACUCCGAUGUAGAUGUUCAGAUGUUCUGAAUCAUUUGUAACAGUAUGGAGGAACAGUGCCAAGACAUAGACCUAAGUCAGAAUUAGCUGUUAGCUAACCCCUCAAAAGUCUUUUUGUUACCAAAUCAGCAGUUCUGAAAGUGAUAAACAGUUCCUCUGAACAGUUUUUUUUUGUCUGACAUCAGCAAAUUGUCCUCACUCAGAUCCCCCAUUAGAUAGUGAGCCAGACUCUCAGUGGCAAGAGGGCAUUGGGAACAUGAAUGCUGCUAAGAAUGGCUAAAUAGUAUUUUUUUGCAACUUUGUCUAAGUUGUUUUGUAUCUGUUUGCAUUUUAAUAAUUGAUUGCGCUCAUAUGACGGAAAGAAACAUCAUGUUGUGGUGAGGAUGAACAUCCUCUCCUUGUGGUUUCUCUUGGUAAAGGGCAAAUCUCAAGGGACCUGUUAAUUAACCCCUUAGCAGAUAGCCCAUGCUAAAACCUUACUCUCACCAAAAUUGUAAUGCCUAUGUCUUAAUCUGUCACUUAAGGCUCCCAGUAAUGUCAUAGAAAUGUAAUUAUGAUGUAGUUGAGCAUUUUCAGCAAAUAGUGAAUAGGCCUGCCGGUGACCCCACCUGCAUUAACCGGCUACGGGUAAAUCUGGCAGCUUCCAAAAGCCUUCAUACAGCCCUGUAGUUCAUUUUCAGGUUACUUUAUGUCCUAAGAAAAUUUGAGAAAAUUUGUUUUUUUUAAAUGUACUGUAUAUGAAUUAUUGUAUCUUUUGAAAUGUAGGCUUACAUUUCAUAUGAACGUGGCAAUCACUGAGUGGGAAGAAGCGGCACCUCUUAUGUGACUUUAUGAUGGCACUUGACUUGACCAGUGCUUUCCCUUCCACGUGUUCUCAACGAAAUGCACAGUGACUGAAAGUCACAUGUUUGUCAUGACUUGUUUUGUGACAUCCUUGUUCUCUAAUGAGGGAUGUGGGGCGCUGUGGGGCACUGGUGGUUUCGGUGUCACAGUUCUUUACAGCUGUUGCCACCUAGUGUUUCAGUCUUGGGAUGGUUUUGUGUUUGUCAAGCAGGGAAGCAUGGAGGAUUGGGGUGUGCAACCAGGUCACGUGUCCCGCGCCAAGGGAGACAGGGGGCCAAGAAUUGAGUCGUCAUUACAUUGUACUAUAUUGGAUGGGGGGCCCUUUUAAGAUUACUUUGUCCUGGGCCCAACCAAACCUGCCAGACAUCCUGUUUUCAAGGUUUUGUGUGGCAAGAGCUUCAGGUUUUCACAGUUCUUAUAACAGCUGCUGCCACCUAGUGUUGACAUGGUUAGAGGUUUGUCAAGCAAUCGCGUGGCAACAUGCUUGAAGUUUUUUUGUUGCCUCUGUGUGUGGUUGUUCAGGUCGUGUAACUUCCUGUGGUACAAAGAAGGGGAAAUACGCAGUUGCCCGAGUGUCAUAUGAAAACAAUCUGAUGUAAUGCAGCACAACCUGAUCUCUCCUUUUUUAAAAUUCUCUUUUACCUCCCUCUCACUUUUGUAAUAAAUUUUCAUUUUUGUACAUGG